AUACAGCGAUAAUUCAUAUAAUGUAUUCAGGUCAUUUUAAUUAACAAUAAAGAAUCUAACUACCGAGAGAAAUAGCGCGAAAUUUGAAUUGUCCAAUACGCAUUCUUCACUGAAGAUAAAAAAGACAUUUGAAAUAAAUAAUGAUAUAAGAAGAAAGAACAUGAGAGAGAGAGAGAGAGAGAGAGAGAGAGAGAGAGAGAGAGAGAGAGAGAGAGAGAACUGACAACUUUUCCUAACUGUACACGAACUUUCGAUAAAGUAUCAGAAAGGAUGGGAGAAAAAAUUGAAAAAGAAAUUGAAAGAUCAUUGAAAAGAAAAGUAUUCGGUUAAAGGAAUUGAUCAUAGUAAAGAAUAUCGAUGAGAGUGAUUCUCCGUGGAGUGUAUUUAAUAAGAGAAAGAAGUGGAGGAAGGAAGGUAAAUUGAAAGGGAGACCGGACAUGUCGCGUCCCGCUUGUAAGACGAAAACGAGAAGGUAUCGAACUCGGUCGACCACCCGUCGAAAAUGCCUCUACGAGAUCGUAAAAGUGCCGCGUGUCCUCUUUGUGUAUAUAUAGGGGUACCAUGAAGAAACCACUGCAGUUCUUCAACGAACGUUCUUUGGUGAGCAUCUACAGAAAUUAACUACUUUCCUGUCACAUUUCUUUUUUUACUUUUUUUCUCUCAUAUUUCUCUUCUUUUUUUUUCUUUUUUUUUAUUCUUUGUUUUUUUUUUUUUUCUUUCUUUCGUUAGUUCGCGCCAAUUUUUUUGUGCUUAAUCGAUAUCAAGACGUUUCGAGAUAAAUUUCGAUUUAAUAUUUCGAUAUUCGAUUGUUCAUUUUACAUUUUGAUAACACUUUACAUUCUCUUUAUUUUUUUUUUCCUUUUUUUUCGUUCUCAAGUACAGUUGGAAUUGUCAUCUGUGUUGAAUUGUCGCUCUUUGAAACCGGUUAAAAAGAAAGUCGCUUCUUUGGAAGUAAGGGCAUUUAUAAGCGAUAGAUUCAUUCUUCGACUCAUAGGACAGAAGAAAAUGAUAAAGUUUCUUCUCCUAGGUGCAUUCGUGGCCCUAUCGGCUGCACAAUUUCAGCCCCAACCAACUGGAAGGAUUCUGGAACCACCCAUACCAGCAUUGUGCGCACAACGAACAAUUCACGAACGCUUUAACGGAAAGGGUUACUAUUAUUCGUGGGCUGAUCCUAGAACAAAUGGACAAGAAGUCGACUGGCUUGCGGGUAGAAAUUUUUGUAGACAGCGAUGCAUGGACCUUGUAUCUUUGGAAACUUCGGCAGAAAAUGAAUUCAUCAAGAGCCGCAUUGUUCAAAAUAAAGUGAAAUACAUUUGGACAUCCGGUCGUCUCUGUGACUUUAAAGGGUGCGACAGGCCAGAUCUUCAACCACUUCAUAUAAAUGGUUGGUUCUGGACAGCUGAAUUGCAAAAACUUGCACCAACUAAUGAUCGCAAUCAAAACGAUUGGUCCGAGAGCGGCGGUAUUGGCAAGCCUCAACCCGAUAAUCGUGAGGCCAUCCAAGGUGGUGCUCCAGAAAAUUGUUUGGCUGUUCUUAAUCAAUUUUAUAAUGAUGGUGUUAAUUGGCAUGAUGUUGCUUGCCAUCAUAAGAAACCAUGGGUAUGCGAAGAGAAUGAUUCUCUUUUAAAAUACGUUCGUUUUACCAAUCCAAAUCUCCGCGUUUAACUUUAAAAUUUAAAUGAAAAUGUGACGAGUGGAUAGACCAUUAUUAUUUCAACUGUUACUCUUUUAAAUUAUAAGAUUUCAUAAGAUUAAGUAACGCGACUGAAUAGUGUGUAGCGCGAUUAUAUUUAUUGCAACAAUUAUUUCAUUACUAAGUGCAUUACUCAUGUCACAGUACAUUGUAUGAGAUAUACUGAUUCAAGCACAUUGUUUUCUUCAUACAAUUUCAAAAUACAUGGAACAUAUUCGUAUGAAUAUUCAUAUCAUAGUCCAUAAAUAUCAUUAAUAUU